UUGAGGAGCCAAUAGCAAUCCAGUGGGUGGGGUUAUGGUAACAUGGCGGCAACGCGCACUCUCCUGGUAAUGACAGGACCGGGGCGGCGGGCCGUCAGACUCGCCCCGGAUUUGUUCCUCCGGCAUUUUUCUGGAAGACGUCCGGAGGGAGAGAUCCACCUGGCGGACAGCUGCGUGAAGAGGCUGCGAGAGCUCACCCGGGACUCGGAGUUUCUGCGCCUGCAGGUGGAGAGCGGCGGCUGCUCUGGGUUUCAGUACAAAUUCUCUCUGGACACGGAGAUGACGGAGGAGGACAGGGUGUUUGGUGAUAACGGCGCCCGUGUCGUGGUGGACGCGCAGAGCCUGCAGCUGGUGAAAGGCAGCACCGUGGAGUAUUGCACAGAGCUGAUCCGCAGCUCCUUCCAGCUGGCUCACAACCCGCAGGCGGCCCAGGGGUGCUCGUGUGGGGCCUCCUUCUCGGUCAAAUUGUGAGAGACUGCUGCUUGGAAGGCGAGGGGCCGAGGGGCCGCACAGCUGUGUGUAAAUAAAGAGAAGUUUGAGGUCCGGACCUGGUUUGUAUUUCUCUGGCCUCGACGGUCUCCGUGCUGAAUGCUGUGACGGGAUUACACCGGGUGAGGGCUUCGUGUCGUUUAAAGAGGAGUUUAUUCCCAGAAUCCCAUUAAAUAGACAUUUUCAGAAAUA